AUGUCUCUCUUGUCGGAUAACGAUCUUGAUCUCGGGACAGAUCCUGAUUUCCCAGAUGAUUUCCAGUCGCCACAAAUUAACUCUGAAUACCCCAUGUACGGAGUGGGAGGGUACCAUCCUGUCCAUCUCGGCGAUCUCUAUGAUGAUGGUCGUUAUCGAAUAGUUCACAAGAUCGGCGCUGGAGAUACCUCUAUGAUAUGGCUUGCGCGCGAUUCUUCGACUUGGAGUUGGGUGGCUCUUAGGAUCCUGAUGGCUGACCAGCCGUCGGGCAUUGAGGAGAACAUAGCCAAGUGCCGCAACAUUCUAGCCCACCACGACCAAGAUGCAGGAGAUCCUCGAUUCAUUACCUUCACGAGGUACUUCCACAUUGAUGGUCCCAACGGCCGUCAUCUUUGUUUGGUUCUUCCCUUCUGUGGUCCAAAUCUUCACUCUUUGUCGAAUUAUAUGAAGAGCAGAAUGAAGCCGCAAUUUGUUCAAGUACUCGCCUAUCAAGCAACAGAAAUUCUUCGGGACUUACAUGACCGAGGUAUCUGCCAUGGGAACAUUAGACCUGCAAAUCUGCUCCUGCGAAUGCACAAUCUGGACCAUCUCGACGACCAAGGAAUCUAUCGCCUGUUUGGUCAGCCCAUAAUCGACGUAUUGAAGACUGAGUCUGGUAGGAUCAUGGGCCCGGAAGCUCCUCGUUACGUUGUCGGCUUUCUCGAUUUCAUGUCAAGUGGCGAGGAUAUUCUUUCGAACCAAUUAAGCCUUAUUGGUUUUGAUGAAGCAUUCGAAAUUUCGUCAUCGAAGACAAUCCAAACUCUACCUGAAUUUCUGUCGCCUGAGGUAGCUGUAGGAAAAAUGGUCAGCCUAGCAAGUGAUGUUUGGGCUCUGGGUGUCACAAUCCUGAAUAUGAGGUCCGGCAUCUCACUGUUCCCCUGUCACGUCGACUGCCCAGCACAUCUUGUUACAGAGUGUGUGAAGUACUUUGGAGAACUGCCAAAAUAUUGGGGAGAGCCAUAUUAUGACAAGGAAGGCCGUCCAACAUCAGACAAGACCAAAGGUUGGCCAAGGGAACUCUCUGAUGAGGUCUGUUCGCUGAAGCAGUGGAUCAGAGACAUUUGGGACAACCCAACCCAACCCAAUGAGAAUAAGGCAGCACCAGCGAGGCCCUUUAUUGUACGAGAUGAAGAUGGAUCGCGUUUCAGAAGCCAGGCAGGGCUGAGCGACGGUCUUGCACACAUCAUCAAUUACGAUCCCCAAGACAUAGAUCAUUUGACCGCCAUGUACGACAAUACAAAAAGGCCAUAUCCAGAGCAUUACGAGGACAGGCUCUGGAAGCCAUCUGCAGUCAAAAUCAACGGCACCUAUCUCCAUGAAGGCGGGGGAGUGGGAUGGCUUGUUUACCUCCUAGGGAAUUGUGACAUUGAGGGUAACACUCGAUCAUUGCCAAAGAUCUCGGCGCUAGAAGCCCAUUUGCUACACGAUCUAUUGAGAAAAAUAUCCUUCUACCAGGAGCGAAUAAGUGCGCAGGAUAUGCUGAAUCACUCCUGGUUUAGGAUGGGCUUUAGGAGAACAGAAUACUGGUAA